UGCGUUUUAGAGAGAGAAGGAGGGAGGAAGAGAGGGAGAGGUUAUAUAUAUGGCUCGUUGAGGGCUUAGCUUUCGCUUCGUUGUGUCCCGCUGCUCAUCUCCAUUUGCCAUUCACGAUUGCGGUGGCUUCCUCUCGGAAUUGAUAACAGCGUCGGCGUGUUAGCGCUGAUUGCCUGUCGGCAAGCAUUUCGACUUCUCAUCCGCAGCAGGGAAAGGUUGCAAUUUUGAGGUAAAGUGUUUCCGUGGGCAAAAGGGUUUUUGUCCCUUGGCUUAAUUGUGUUGAUAAGCCACUUGCUAUUGGUACUCGGGCAAAUUGGUGCUCUCUCAACUGGUGGGGUUUGUGUGGUGUUGCUUUUAUGGACUCCUGAGGCGAUGGGGUCGUAAGAAGAAUCUAGGGAGGGUGUGUGGUGAUUCGAUUGUAGUGUCUAUUGAUUGAGGAUGAGUAGUCGUAGAUUGCGGCGGAGGUUAUCCAGGAAGGGGAAGGAGAAGGUGAUUAUCCCCAGCUAUCCCGAAUUCGAGGACGAGGCUUCCACCUCGGAGCUCACUGCCACCACUGCUGGGUAUGUUGAUUGGACUCGGUUGCCUGAUGACACAGUGAUUCAGUUGUUCUCUAAUCUUAAUUAUCGGGAUCGAGCUAGCCUCACAUCGACGUGCAAGACUUGGAGAGCACUUAGUGCCUCAUCCUGUUUAUGGGACUCCCUCGAUCUCCGAGCCCAUAAAUGCGAUGCCUUAGUGGCUGCUUCACUCGCUUCUCGCUGCAUUAAUCUCCAGAGGCUCCGAUUCCGGGGUGCCGACUCAGCUGACGUGAUCAUACACCUAAAAGCCCGAAACUUGCGUGAGAUCAGCGGAGACUAUUGCCGCAAUAUUACUGAUGCAACCCUUUCGGUGAUAGCCGCAAGGCACGAGUCACUUGAGUGCCUUCAACUAGGUCCUGACUUUUGUGAGAGGAUCACAACUGAUGCAAUCAAAGCAGUAGCAAUCUGCUGCAAUAAAUUGUGCAAACUUAGGUUGUCGGGAAUCAGGGAUGUUCAGGGCGAUGCAAUUAAUGCUCUUGCAAAGCAUUGUCCAAAUUUGACCGAUCUUGGGUUCUUAGACUGUCUGAAAGUAGACGAGAUGGCUCUAGGGAAUGUGCUAUCACUGAAGUUCCUCUCUGUGGCAGGGACUUCUAAUGUGAAGUGGGGCGUAGUUUCUCAUAUGUGGCAUAAGCUACCCAACUUGGUCGGUUUAGAUGUUUCGAGAACUGAUAUAGGACCUGCUGCAGUUUCAAGGCUAUUAGUCUCUUCUCAGAGCUUGAAGGUUCUAUGUGCAUUAAAUUGUCCUGUUCUAGAGGGAGAUGUCAACUUUGCAGCCCCAAAAAUGAAGGGCAAAUCUUUGGUUGCUCUCCCGACCAACAUAUUCGAGGGAAUAGCCUCCUUAUUUGCCGAUACUGCAAUCAACGGUAAGAAUGUCUUCCUAGAAUGGAGAAACUCGAAGAAGAGUAAUAAAAGCGUAGACGAAGUUAUGACUUGGCUCGAGUGGAUAUUAUCCCAUACGCUCUUAAGAAUUGCUGAGAACAACCCUCAAGGUCUAGAUGAAUUCUGGCUCAAGCAAGGUGCACCAUUGUUGCUGAGCUUAAUGCAGAGCUCUCAAGAGGAUGUUCAAGAAAGAGCUGCAACUGGGCUUGCAACCUUUGUUGUAAUUGAUGAUGAGAAUGCUAGCAUAGACCGUGGGAGGGCUGAAGCAGUAAUGCGGGAUGGAGGAAUCUGCCUUCUAUUAGACCUUGCUAAAUCAUGGCGGGAAGGGCUGCAAUCGGAAGCUGCAAAGGCCAUCGCAAACUUGUCCGUUAACGUCAAUGUUGCAAAAGCUGUUGCAGAAGAAGGAGGAAUCAACAUCCUCGCUGGUUUAGCUCGGUCCAUGAAUAGGCUCGUUGCUGAAGAGGCCGCUGGAGGCUUGUGGAACCUCUCGGUUGGAGAAGAGCACAAGGCUGCGAUUGCUGAGGCUGGUGGAGUUAAAGCUCUAGUGGACCUUAUAUUCAAGUGGUCUGCCGGUGGCGAUGGUGUUCUGGAACGUGCAGCUGGUGCUUUGGCAAAUUUGGCAGCUGAUGACAAGUGCAGUAUGGAGGUUGCCUUGGCUGGGGGAGUACAUGCUUUAGUUAUGCUUGCUCGAACCUGCAAGUUCGAGGGAGUUCAAGAGCAGGCUGCUCGUGCCUUGGCAAAUUUAGCUGCUCAUGGAGAUAGCAACAGCAACAAUGCUGCAGUGGGGCAAGAGGUGGGUGCUCUUGAAGCUCUCGUUCAACUCACACGAUCUAACCAUGAAGGAGUCAGGCAAGAAGCUGCUGGUGCAUUGUGGAAUCUUUCAUUUGACGACAGAAAUCGUGAAGCAAUUGCAGCUGCUGGUGGCGUGGAGGCCUUGGUGGCUCUAGCGCAAUCAUGUGCCAAUGCCUCACCAGGUCUUCAAGAACGGGCGGCAGGUGCUCUUUGGGGGCUCUCAGUAUCGGAAGCCAACAGCAUUGCUAUCGGCCGAGAAGGUGGUGUUGCUCCUCUAAUUGCUUUGGCACACGCUGAUGCUGAGGAUGUACAUGAAACUGCAGCAGGAGCUCUCUGGAAUCUUGCUUUCAAUCCAGGCAAUGCUCUACGCAUAGUGGAGGAAGGGGGAGUCCCUGCUUUGGUCCAUCUCUGUUCUUCAUCGGUCUCAAAAAUGGCACGUUUCAUGGCUGCACUGGCUCUGGCAUACAUGUUUGAUGGGAGAAUGGAUGAAUUUGCUCUGGUUGGGACUUCAUCGGAAAGCAGCUCAAAAGUUGUGAGCUUGGAUGGGUCAAGAAGGGUGGCUUUGAAACACAUUGAAGCUUUUAUCAAUAUGUUCUCUGAUCGACAAGCUUUCGCAGCUGCAUCUGUGUCUUCAGCUCCUGCAGCCUUGGCCGAAGUGACGGAAGGAGCUCGUAUUCAGGAAGCGGGACAUCUCAGAUGCAGUGGUGCUGAAAUUGGAAGAUUUAUUGCCAUGUUGAAGAAUCCUUCUGUACUCAAAGCUUGUGCUGCUUUCGCUCUUCUUCAGUUCACCAUCCCAGGUGGUCGACAUGCUUCUCACCACGCCAGGCUAAUGCAGAAUGCCGGGGCCUCAAGGGUCCUGCGUGCAACAGCAGCAGCUGCCACUGCACCUCUAGAAGCCAAGAUAUUUGCAAGAAUCGUCCUUCGAAACCUUGAGCACCACCAGGCAGAACUCUCCUGAUAAUAAAGGCCUGUCACUCUCUUGGGAAAGCAGUCUCCACUCUAAUACCGAUAAAAAGGGGUGCUAUCUGUGCUCGUGUAGACUUUCUUGGGUGGUUUCCCCUCCUACUAAAAUGAGUGCACGAGAAAAGGGGGAUCAGGUGCUGCCAACUAAUCGGAGAUUCUGAUGUUGAUCCCCAACUUGUUUGAAAAUCGAGGAGGAUGGUGGUGUCUGAGUAUGGUUCUGGGAUAACCUUAAUUUUGCUUGUUUUAGGGAAGAUCUAUACGUUGAGAAGCGAAUUUUCGAUACAUUGUGUGUGCCUGUCCCUUUAUUCACAGUGAGUUUGAUUUUCAGCUCUGUAAAUGGCUGUUGGUGUGAUGGGGGUGUUACUACUGUUAGAACUGUGGAGGACAUAAUACUUUACAGUUCAUGUAGCAAAACAAGAAGAAAGAUUUGCAGUUUGUGUUUCCGCUUCUUGGACGUGAACAGAGAUGUGUUAAUAUCGGGAUGGGAUUGUCAUCGUGA